CAAUUUGCCUUUGGCGUGUUUGUCUGAUUUCCCCAACUCGCUCUCGCCGAUGGAUCGAUUCCGGCCGCUCAGGCGGAUCCAGGUGGAACCCGAGCGCGUUGACCCGCCCCCGCCGGCGGCAGCGGGCGGCGGAGAGACGGAGGAGAUGGUUCCGGCGCCCGCGGCGGGGUUGCUCAUGGGGGCCAAGGUGCGGCGGCGCGCGGCCGUUUACCGCGACUGCAAGGGCGACUACAUCGGCGUGCCCAACGACCCAUGCCUCGCCAAGAUCCUCUCCAAGCAAGGGGAUAACAAAGUUCUGUUUGCGGACAAGGUCUUGAAGUUUACUCAAUCAGGAAAGAUGAAAAGGCGCAUCCUUGUGAUCACUGACUUUGCUAUCUACCUGGUUGAUCCUGAUGCCGAUAUAUUGAAGAGAAGAAUAGCACUUGCGGCUGUUGAUAAACUAUGUAUAAGCAACCUCAGUGAUAACUUCUUCGCAAUCAUUGUACCGACCGAGUAUGAUUGUUUAAUGGCCAGCACAAGGAAGAAGGAAAUUGUUGAUGUUAUAGUUAAGGCUAUCAAGAGCACAUCUGAGUAUGAACCUGAGGUGGCUUCCUCUAACAGGUUUGAGUACCAUGCUGCUGCUGAAGUGAUCAAAGAAGUUGAAUUCGAGGAAGCCAAUGGAGGCGUGAAAACUAGGAUCACACACAAGGAGAAGCCAUGAUUCAGAAGCUCAUGUUUGGUAGCUCCCUGUAAAAUGUAUAGCUCUUGAGGUAUCAGUGGAUUCUAGUUCAGAGGCACGCACCAUUCUUUUGUUGUACUAGUUAUAUUGUAUUAUGUUUUCUUGCUGUUGUACCUGGAAGAAGCGACCUGUAAUUUUGACAACCCCAGCAGAAUCUUGGUGUUAUCACUGUCACUAUAUACAUGCUUUAUAUCAUUGUGGAUUUUUUGUCUCGUA